AUGCACGUGGUAGAGCGCGUGGCUGGCGACUUUGUACCCAACAACAUGAUUUAUCACCAGCUGCAAAAGUACAGUCUUUACGCAAAGACGGGGACGGCUGGCGAGGCGGUGGCGGGCUUCGCGCAGCUGGUGCGAGACGCUCAGGCGCUGCCCCCGCAGUCGCCCGCCGACGCCGCGGCGCUGGCACCUACCACAGGCGGCAACGUAUCAUCGGAGGAAAAGGCCAAGCUCGACCCGCUCGCGAACCGCGAGGACGCGCUACAGAAAUCGGCAGCGAACGCCACCAUCGACGUUUGGUCAGUCAACGACCACAGCAGUGGAAAAGACGCUGUGUUCACCUUCUACCCCUUUGCCAGCUCGGUCGCGGCCAGCAUUCCCUAUCGCUCCCGCCACUUUUGUGUGAUGGUGAACUUGAAGCCCAUUGUGCCGUACCACAUGAUGGUCGUGCCGCUGCGGUGCGUGGGGACCGUGCACGCGCUGACCUCCGACGAGGUGGAGGACUGGGGGCGCACCCUCGCCCUGACGGUGCGCGUGCUCAACGAAGUGCAACGGCGUGACGCUGUCGCGUUGCCAUACAACAAGGCGAACUCGCUGGACAGACAGUCCCGCACCUGCACACACACGUUAUUCCCGUUCGAUCCCAACGGGAAACUGGCUGGCGAGCCCGAGAACGAGGAGGAGGAGCAGCAGCGCCGCUCUCCCCGCACGGUGGCGACCAUGAAGGAAGAGACAGACUACUUGAGACCUCUUUUCAAGGAGUUGGAGAGCACCUUGUAG